AUGGCCUCUCAAAACGAGUCAAGCUCCGAUGGAGCUCCCCAAGGCACAGUUAACCUCGCUUCUCUCUCCCUGCCUCAACUCCGCUCCCUCCAAACCCGCCUUACCUCCGAGUUGGAACACCUGACCACCUCGCACGCGAAGCUGCGCGCUGCGCAAGCCAAGUUCCGGGAAUGUGUGCGAUCGAUCAACGAUGGUGUUACUGGGUCUGAAGCACAGGGUACUAGUGGUCGCGACGAGAUCUUAGUUCCCCUUACCAGCUCCUUGUAUGUGAAGGGCCGGUUGACGGAUCGGGAGAAGGUUCUCGUUGAUGUUGGAACAGGAUUCUAUGUCGAGAAGACAUCCGAGAAGGCAAUUGCUUUCUACAAUGACAAGGUUAAGGGAUUGGAUGAGAAUCUUGUUGAGUUGGAGAAGAUUGUGCAGGGCAAAAGCUCCCAGCUCCGCGUUGUUGAAGAGAUGUUGAGACAGAAGAUGCUUAGUGGCGAAGGUGCCGAUGGAGCUGGUUCAAGUGCCUAA